ACAAAGUAUUUGAUGUAAAUAGUUAAAGACCCUAAAUUUUUGUUUUUUUAUGUGAAACAAUAAAAAUUUAUAUACAACCUAAAUUGCCGGUAAAAAUGCACAAGACCUGGAAAAAGCCACUGCACAAGCGCAGAAUCUGGUCAAAUAUAUCAUGGGCAGGUCGUUUAGUCUACUAUAUGCAACCUUUAUUGGAGCACCUGUUCGACAUAUGGCUCCAGCAGUUGCCCUUUCCGACGCUGCUCAAGUGCAUAUACACCUGCGUCCUGCUCUUCUUCAUGCUGCUACCCGUUCUCUAUCCACUGAUGGUGAUGGGCCUCUACUAUGGCAUGUGCCAGUUCGUGGGCGAAAAGCAUUUCGAUAUAGAGUUCCAGCCAAACUGGGAUCUGAUUGGCGCCGCAAACAAUCUGUGGAAAUUCCAGGUCACCAACAAGAAGUAUCUGCUGUUCAUUGCCAUGUAUAUAGACCGAUAUCGCGUCAUUAUAACGGCGAUAUCUUCGACCGUCGACUAUAUGCGAAUGGCGCUGUGUUUUGUGUUUGGCUAAUUGGAACAAAAAGAGGAGCAAUCUACGGGAAUUUACGAGCGGUACGAGGCAGCACUUAAAACACAUUUGGGACAAUAAAUUAGAUAUAUAUGUAUUUUCGGAUCAACUAGUACACACAACGUUUCUGAUCUAGUUUUUAACUAUUUAUUGAAUCUCUUAUUUUGUUUUUCUUUUAUUUUAUUUACGUACGGAAAGAUAUGAAAUAGUUGUAACAUGUUGUAAAUAAAGAAAUUA